AUGCCCAACUCCGAUCCUAGUAGUCCAACAGCCUACGUAUGCGAUAGAUGUUGGCAGGGUUUCUUCAACACCGAGGCUUAUGAAAAGUGCUUUACUUUGCAUCAUAUUGAUGCGAACUACAAUCAAAAUAGGACUGAAGCUCUCGCCACUGUCCAUGAAAUAAAUAACACUGUUUGUAACUGGUGUGCUUAUAUCAGAAAUUUUAUUCGUGACAAAUGGGCGCCAGAAGAUCUGAUAACGACAUCUUUUAGCCCAAGCACAAUCUCUUCUUGCACGCCCACUGGCAGCAAUAUAUUCUACUUAAACAUUUCAUGCCAUUCACCAUUGGGAAAAUGGAAAGGAGCACAGGAUCCCGCUUCGGACUAUGUGACUGCGAGGCCGCUGAGAACAGACAUUAACAGUGACGAGGCAAAGGUUCAGAUCAGAGAAUGGCUUAGAGACUGUAAGGAGCAUACGUGCUGCAGAACUCUACACAAGAACCCCAGCCUUCCUACGAGAGUCAUCGAAGUCAGUCCUCCAGGAAGACAAUAUGCGCGGGUAUUGGAGUCUAAAAACCUGCGUGGUCUUUAUGCUACGCUCUCCUACUGUUGGGGGAAGGAAAGCUUUCUAAGAUUGGAUGAAGAAACUCUGCCUCCCACCAUCCGUGAUGCUCUUGCAACUGCCCGCACCUUGUCCAUCCCGUACUUGUGGGUUGACGCUCUGUGCAUAAUUCAGGAUUCUGAAGAGGACAAAGCAAAGGAAACCGCACGAAUGAAAGAGGUUUAUGCCUCUUCAGUUCUGACGAUAGUCGCUGCAUCUGCAGAAAAUGUCUCUGCGGGAUUUCUGUAUCCUCGUGUACACCGGGAGAUUGUUCACACUAUCCCAGUCCGGCUUCAGCCUGACGCAUUUGGCACCAUGUGCAUCAAUGAAUUAGACGCCGUGUGCUACGACGAGCGUCUUGAGCCUAUCUCAAAGCGUGGCUGGGCCAUGCAAGAGCAACUUUUGAGCAGUUCUGUCCUCAUUUUUACAAGUCGCACUAUAAUGUGGAGAUGCCGGGGAGGCAUAAAAAACUUUGGUGAUUCCUUGUAUUUUCCGCAUGACCUUGACGCGGGUUAUAACACCCACGAUGAAAAGUACAGUCUCAACCUGCACACGUUGCUUCUUAGCCGCGAAGAGGCUUGUGCUCAUAAAGACCAAGCCUUAAGUUGUUGGCUGCGCCUUGUCACGGCGUAUUCAAUCAGAGUUACAAGCCUGGAGCGUGACAGGCUAAAUGCUCUGGCCGGCCUCGCCUCUCAUCCUUCAUUUUGCCACGCGCUUGGGCCUAGCUACUUUGCUGGGCUGUGGCAAUACAACAUUGCGAGGCAGCUCUUAUGGCGAACAUCAACCUGGCACAGGUCACUAGCUGAGGAUGAAAGUUUCACAAUUGAGAAGCCAGCGAUUUACCAGGCUCCUUCUUGGUCAUGGGCGAGUCUCAAAGGGGGAAUGGUAUACUUUGACUUCUCUUAUGGUGAAGAAGAGACUACUCCUAGAGUCAUCUGCGAAAUCCUAGACUGCUCAACAACGCCAACAUUUCCAGAACUGAACCCAUUUGGAGAAAUCCUGUCGGCACAGCUGAGGCUCAGAGCCCCUGCUCGAAAGGCGUGGUUCAAGCCUUCCACGUCCAAUGUUUUUGUGCUUUCUGAUUAUGCCUGUGACCAACCCAAGGGUAUGGCUCCCAAGGAUGAGAAAGUCAGUCUUGUCGAGGCUUUUCAAAUACAUGUGAAAGACUUCAGGCUGAGAUAUCCUGAUGUGAAUACGACUGAAGAGCCGGAGGCUGUGUAUGGUACAGAUCCACGCAAUAUGUGUGGCACGUGUGACGAGACGGAAUUCCACGAGUAUUACUUGGUCUUAUGUGUGGCUAUUAAUGUGGACGAUCAAAGAAACGAUGCAGUGCAAGGACUGCUCCUCAUUGAGGAAGAAGAUGAGAGGAAAACACUCGUCAACAUCUCAGUGGUUGUCGCUCCGGCGGUUGUACGGAUGGCUCCAGACUCCCGUGAUGGUUCCAGGAUAGAGAAGUGCAUCGGAUUUCGAAGCUCUUCCUUCGAAAAUUCCCCAAACGUUCAUUAA